GAGCGCGAGCAUGUUCUUCCCGCCAUUUCUCUGCAAAACCUAGAGAGAGAGAGAUGGAGGAAGAAAUCAAAGCGGAGUUCAGGAAAAGCGGCUUCGCUCUUGACGGCGACGAGGAUGAGAUUCUCCGGAAAUGUCUCACGUUCUGCAUCAAUUACAGCCUCACCCCCUCGGAUCUCGUCUCGAGCUGGGAGGUUUACUAUCUCAAUAGGCUACUGAAUGGAUCCACUGUGCAAAAUGCUGAAAUGGAUGGAUUUCUGCUGCACCUGCAAAAUGUGGUGAAGGAGUCCAUUAUCACGGAGGAACCGGACUUGCACAUAUAUUCGAGUAAAGAUGUAGACAUGAUCUUAAACAAUGAAGAUGAGUAUGUGAGGGAAGAAACUAUUGGGACACCAACAAAUAAAUUAUAUUCCCUCUCCUCAGAGCAAUUUGAUUAUGAGCAUCAACCAAAUGGUUCGGCUUAUUCUUCUGGUAAGCCAUCAAAUGUUAUUACACCUUUCGGGCAACGAAGAGAAAAAUUUGCUGUGAAAUACAGCAUCAACCAACUGUCCACGGAAGAGAAUGGGAAGAAGGAACUUGUUGCUGAGGACUCUGAAGAUGAUUUUCUUAAGAAAGUAAAGACUCGUGAAAGAUGCUCCAUGGUAGUUCACGGAACAAAACCAGAACCAAAUUGCAGAUUUAUGUAUGACAGAACAGAAGACAGGUUUCGUGCACUUGAGAGCCGCAUUAGAAGGCAUACAAGUGCUUUUGUUGCUUCCGGUGUACAUAAGGACCUGAUGGAUCCCACAGUUGCUUCACAGCAGAAGAGCAUAUUUGCUGUUGGCAUGAUAUGUUGUGAUGGAGAAGGCCAUUUGAAUGACAAGUCCAUCUUGUUGCAAAGCAGUGCUGAAUGUUCAGGAGGACAACGUGUCCGCUUAGAUUUACAGAGGCUAAGCCAAUUUUCUAUAUUCCCUGGACAGGUAGUUGGAAUCGAAGGUAACAACCCCAGCGGACAUUGUCUCAUUGCAUCAAAGAUUAUAGACUCCAUCCCUGUAAGUGUACCUGCCGAUGUCAGCUUGCGUCCAGUGAAGAGGCAAGCUCUGAAUCAGGGGACUCAGUUAACUGAUCCAUCUUCCUCUGAUGAAGAAUUAUCUGUGAUCAUUGCAGCAGGUCCUUUUACUACCACGGACAACUUGUUUUUCGAACCUUUAACAGAGCUGCUGGCCUAUGCAAGCAGAAAAACACCUCAGCUUCUUAUACUACUGGGGCCAUUUGUGGACUCGGAACACCCUGAGAUAAGGAGAGGGGCUACUGAUAGGAGCUUUGAUGAAAUAUUUCAUGUGGAAAUCAUGAGAAAGCUACGAGAUUAUGUGGAUUAUCUAGGUGAUGCUGCUCGAGUAGUCCUUGUUCCAUCCAUACGGGAUGCUAACCAUGACUUUGUUUUCCCUCAGCCUGGUUUUGAUAUUCCUUCAUCUAAUCUCAAUAAUCAGAUAACAAAUCUCACUAACCCAGGGAUUUUCGAGGCAAAUCAGGUCAAGGUAGGUUGCUGCACGGUAGAUAUUUUGAAACAGCUUAGUGGAGAGGAGAUGUCGAGAAAUCCAUCCAAUGGGAUACCAAGUGAUCGCAUGAGUAGACUUGCUUACCAUAUUCUCAGCCAGCGCAGCUUUUAUCCUCUAUAUCCACCGGCAGAGGAUGUCCCAUUGGAUUUUUCACUUGCUCCAGACACCCUCCAUUUCUCGUUAAUCCCAGACAUACUCGUCUUACCUUCUGAUAUGAAGUACUUUGUAAAGGUUGUGUCUGGUGGAGGAAGAAAUGAUGGGGAAGAGCAGGUAAAGUGCAUCUGCAUUAAUCCCGGAAGACUAGCGAAGGGAGAAUGCGCUGGAACAUUCGUGGAGCUUCACUACAAUGGGGAUCCUGACACAGCGAGUGCUUCUAUUAUUGGCAUUUAAAUAGCAGACGGACUUCCAGGUAGAUUACUUCAUCAGUAUAAAUCCAAGCUUGCCUAGCAGUUUAAGAUGGUAAUUACGGUCCAAAGUAUAUUUAAUCAGCUUUUAGUGGUUCAUUAGAGAAUU